GGUAUAUUUCCACAAGCCAAUUGAAACGCUUCUCUUUAUAUAUAGUCACACAACCUUAAACUAACUUGUGUCGAGUUCAUUUCCACAAUAAGCAUGGAGUUAGGGUUUCAUCUUCUCAUAUCAACUAUCCUUGGUUUCCUCUUGUUCAUGGUAAUCAAAAUUACAAAGAAAUCAAAAGCUAAGAAAAUAAACUCCAAAUUACCACCAGGACCAAGAAAACUUCCUCUCAUAGGGAACAUCCACCAACUUGGAACCUUACCUCAUCAAUCCCUAGCUAAACUAGCACAAGAAUAUGGACCUCUCAUGCACAUGCAGCUAGGUGAACUUUCUUGCAUAGUUGUUUCAUCUCAAGAUAUGGCAAAAGAGAUAAUGAAAACACAUGAUCUCAACUUUGCAAAUAGGCCUCCACUUCUUGCAGCUGAAAUAAUCACUUAUGGCUAUAAAGGAAUGACUUUUUCUCCACAUGGUUCCUAUUGGAGGCAAAUGAGAAAAAUUUGUACUAUGGAGCUUUUAACACAAAAACGUGUCGAAUCGUUUAGGUUACAAAGGGAAGAAGAAUUGUCAAAUCUUGUCAAAGAUAUAAUUUUGAGUGAAGGGUCACCUAUAAAUAUUAGUGAGAAGGUUGAUUCAUUGGCUUAUGGGUUAACUUCAAGAACAGCUUUUGGUUCACAAGUUGAAGGUAAAGAGAGGUAUAGGAAACUUAUGAAGGAUGUGUCGAAGAUGGCUGGAGGAUUUUCGCUUGCGGAUUUGUAUCCUUCAAUUGGAAUUCUUAAAGUUCUUACAGGAUUAAGACAAGGAAUUGAGAAGCUUCAUAGGGAAAUGGAUGAGAUACUAGAGAAUGUUGUAAGAAGCCAUAGAGAGAAGAAUUUGGAAACAGGGGAUAAGGAAGAAACAGGGGAGGAUCUUGUUGAUGUUCUUUUGAAGCUGCAAAAGCAUAGUGAUUUGGAACAUCCCUUAUCAGAUAACAUUCUCAAAGCAACAAUUUUGGAUAUCUUCAGUGCUGGAAGUGACACAACAUUUACAAUUCUAGAAUGGGCCAUGUCAGAAUUGAUUAAAAAUUCACAAGUAAUGAAGAAAGCACAAGCUGAAGUAAGAAGUGUCUAUAAUGAAAAAGGGUAUGUGGAUGAACCAAAUCUCCACAAACUCAAAUACUUAAAAUCAAUCAUCAAAGAAACUAUGCGUUUACAUGCACCAGUUCCAUUGUUACUUCCAAGGCAAUGCAGUGAAAGAUGUGAAAUUAAUGGAUAUGAUAUACCAGCAAAAAGCAAGGUCAUUGUUAAUGCAUGGUCAAUAUGUAGAGAUUCAAGAUAUUGGAUUGAAGCUGAGAAAUUUUGUCCAGAAAGGUUCAUUGAUGGUGCAGUUGAUUACAAAGGUGUGGAUUUUCGGUUUAUACCAUUUGGUGCUGGGAGAAGGAUGUGUCCGGGCAUCGCAUUUGGUAUUGCGAACUUGGAAAUCUCGCUUGCGAAUUUGCUUUUCCAUUUUGAUUGGAAGAUGCCUAAUGGUUGUAAGGCUGAUGAACUUGACAUGGAUGAAUCAUUUGGGUUGGCUGUUAGAAGAAAACAUGAUUUAUGGUUGGUUCCUACUACUUAUCAUCCCUAAGAUUAAGACCUAAGAAAAUAAUGUAAGUGAAAAAUUUAUAGUAGUGUUAAUGUUCUUUGUUAAGUGUGAUUUAAUGGUAGAAACUCUUAUGUUCACUCCUUGUGAAUUAAGAAAGCUAUUAAAAUAUGGAUUUUAAUUAAUGUAAUAAAUUUCAAUUCUGCCCA